UCACAGCACACACAGCUGCACAGCAUCACACACACACACGCACAGCGUCUCUCAGUGCGCAGCUUCACCUUCAUCUCACACACAGUCAAAACUGAAGAUGGGAAAAAUUAAUGGAUGCCUGAGAUGUCUCUUUAUCUUCUUCAAUGUGGUGUUUGCAAUCAUAGGAGGUUUGCUGAUCUUCGGGGCGGUGAAGUCCACUGCCUACAGCAGCCAGAUGUCGAUGGUCGGGGGUCCGAGCCUGGGUUGGGGUUGGCUGUUUGCCAUCGGCGUCCUUGGCAUCUCCUGCCUGGGAAUCUAUGCAGGAUCCUCCGAGAAAGAACUCGCCCUCAAGAUAUUUGGAGGCUUCAUGGUGGUUGGAAUGAUCAUCAUGAUGAUCUUUGGCAUCAUUACCGUUGUCACAAGAAACAAGGUCAAAGAUGCGCUUCAAAAUUCUGAGAUCAUAAAGCCCUUCUUGGCAGACGAGCAAAUGAGAGCGCUGCUUGAUACACUACAGAAAAGUGUCAAAUGCUGUGGUGUAGCGAGUGUCUCGGACUGGGGUGAUCAAAUCCCGCAGAGCUGUGAGUGCAGCUCUCAAAGUGGAAGUGGAAGUGGAUAUGGAGGAUAUGGAGGAUUUGGAGAAUAUGGAGGAUUUGGAGGAUAUGGAGGAUAUGGAGGAUAUGGAUGUAAACCCAAACCUGCGGUGGGUUUUGUUAAAUGGAUGAUCUGGUUUAGAAAUAUAGCGGGCCCAGACCAAAUCUAUGAAAAGAGCUGUGGUGAAUUCAUCUUUAUGUCAGUCAACUUCAUGUUGAAGAUACUCAUGGGCUUCUUCUUUGGAUUUGCUGUCACCGCACUGAUGGGCCUGCUGGUCACCAUCCUGAUGUACCAUCAGGUCAAACGUCACGACAGCGCCGGAGGAGCGUCGAUGGCCAUGAAGAGCUAUUAAAGAAACC